UUACAUUUCAACUUCCUACCGACCAUCUCUAACGCACCGGCACGUAAAAGAAACAUCACAGAGGUCGGCCGAGCCAAGAAUAAGCACAAAAUACCUCAUAAGUAUAACGAAGUAGUUGGUGACCACCUGCUGGAGCUUUAACAUUGGCAUUGUGUUCUAAAAGUCGAAGAAAUGGUGUUCUACUUCAAGAGCAACUUAGUCCAACCGCCGGCGAUGCUGUACAUGGGUCGCGACAAGCACGAGAACGAGGAGCUAAUCCGCUGGGGAUGGCCGGAGGACGUGUGGUUCCACGUCCACGAUUUGUCGUCAGCCCACGUUUACCUGAGACUCCGAAAGGGACAGACGAUCGAUGACAUUCCCAGCGAUGUGCUGGUGGAUGCCGCCCAACUCUGCAAGGCCAACAGCAUCCAAGGCAACAAGGUCAACAAUCUGGAGGUGGUCUACACCAUGUGGGAGAACCUAAAGAAGACGGCGGACAUGGAACCCGGCCAGGUUGCCUAUCAUGACGAGAAGGCGGUGCGCCGUAUCCGUUUGGAGAAGCGCGUCAAUGAGAUUGUUAACCGGCUGAACAAGACCAAGACGGAGGAGGAGCAUCCCGAUUUCCGGGGACUGCGAGAGGCCCGGGAUGCCGCGGAGCGCCAGGAUCAGAAGAAACUGCAGAGGGAGCGGCGCGAUCAGGAGAAGGAGGCCGCCAAGCAGCGCCAGUUAGAGGCGGAACUGCGCAGCUACGCUUCCCUCCAAAAAUCAGAGAACAUGCGAACCAACUACGAUGCAGGCAACGAGUCGGAUGACUUCAUGUAGUCCUUAUCCUGAUGCAUUUCUCCCAAAAUCUCGACCUGUUAUCCCAUUUUUUUUAUUAAAUCGUACGCAAAUCGUUUUGUAAA